AGAAUCUUAAAAGUUUUCUAGGAAUGGGAUUGACGGAGAAUGAUACAUUUAGUCCAGUUUUGAGAGUAACUACGAUGAAAAUUAUUUCCGAUGAUGAGUGUCGUCAAAAUCAGAAUAGGGAUUUUUGGAAAUAUUUAACUUACACAUCCUUUUGCGCCGGAUGGACGAAUGGCACUGGGGUAUGCAAUGGAGAUAGCGGCGGAGGAUUGGUACUUCUUCAGACAUUAAAUUCUAGCAUCUGGGAAGUUCACGGAGUUGUCUCUGUGAGCCCACGAAGAUUGGGCACUAGCAUAUGCAAUCCCAACUUCUAUACUGUUUUCACAAAGGUUUCGAUAUAUAUCAAUUGGAUCAACAAAAUCAUCGAAAGUAUACCAAUAAGUGGCCCACCUGACCGAGAUCGACAACCAAACAAAGACGAUAUUAUUGUUUAAAAAUAGUGAUAAGUUAACAUUGCGCGAGCACGCGCGUUCUUUUAUUGUAUAAAUUUGUAAGAGAUUUUCGAUCAAGAAAUCAAUACGAUAAUUUUCUUUUCAUAAGCCAUGAGUUUGCGCAAUAUCUCUUUAAAUGCGUUCCAUAUGUUUUAUAUCGAUUAAUUCAUUACCAUGUAUCAUAAUAAAUAAAAUAUAUUUAUAAAUUAAACUAUUAAAUUAUUAUGCCAUAGACAUAGAUAGAUAUAUUUCUAUGUCUAUGAUUUAUACAAACCAUAGAUUUCUAAGGGCCCGAGCACAAACUUUUGCAUAAGCGCAUAACCAUAAGCAUAAGGAAAUUGAUUGGUGCAUUUCCUUAUACAUAUGCUUAUGGACCAAUCAAUUUCCUUAUACUUAUGGUUAUGCGCUUAUGCAAAAGUCUGUGCUCGGGCCCUAAACAUACAUUAUAUAUCGACACAAGCAUAUCGACCAAUUAAAUGUCGUUUCUAUUAAUCUCUUUUUCAAUUUUUUUCCUAGAAAACAAAAAAUAUUUCCCUAGAAAUCGGCUAUGAAUAGUAUAAAUAUCGAUAUGUCAAAAUAGAAAUAGAAAAAAGAAUUUUACAGUUAAAAAUAUCAAUUACAAACAUCAGUGUCAACAUAAUUUAUCUGACUGUGAAUAUACAGAUAUUGUAAUUUCAUGCAUGUAGACCUAACAUGAAAAAUCUUUCAAUAGCU